AUGGGGCAGCUAGACAAAGUGCCCAUGAACAGCUUGGCCAAGGCGGAUGUUUUCUUCAUUCCCCCUACCUCAGGAGUUGCUUUUACAUACUUUGGUCUACACUCGUCGAGGUUGGCGAAGGAACAAGCGUUCAAAAUCAAAGUCACGCUCCUCUUUGCUAAGCCGCUCGCCAAUUGUCGAUGCAUGAACGGCUCUGCGCCUAGAUUUAGACAAGAUCUAUGCGAGGGCCACAGCCAUCGUCAACUGACAGCAGAUAUUUGUGGCCAGUGUCGCCGCCAUGAGCAUGCAAAUUUGGUGCCUAUAUUGCAUGUAUGUCGAAUAGUUAGGCAACAUUCAUCAAGAGGCAGUAUUGACCAUGCAGCGGGAACCACUUGCUGCUCAAUUUUCGCAGAAGGGAAGCCCUUUACCAUGAGUUUGACAAUCUUCCGAGUCAUAUCGGUGAAUCAACGGUCACUGGGUUCAACAUGGACUCAAAAGGCCGGCGGACUUACACUCGGCCGAUUGCAACAUUCCGCCGGGACAUCAUCAAAAGAUUGCAACGUCGUUUGA